AUGCGAUAUCCAAUAAUUCAUAAUACACGCGCAGAUACCUCGCCACUACUUACUGUCUUUUUGCAAGUCCGAACGAGGACUGAACGCUUUAUUAACGUGGGCGAAGAUCCAUGGAGCACACCACAAUAUUGGAGCACAACACAACAUGAGCAGUUUGCCUCCGACCUCAUUGACGAGAUCCAGCAUAGAUACGACUCCAGUGGCCCUGGUCGUUGCCAUGAACGCACCGUCGAGGAGCUCAUCGCCGGCUACAAGAGGACUAAUAUCCACCCUAUAUCUUCAGUCACGGCCGUUCAGGGCUCUUUGAACUCCGCCGUACAGUUUGUGCAACGCUCGGCGGCCCGACCUACACCUUGCGAGUCUUGUCCAUCGCUCGAGAACGACCACAGCGACAGUGGACAAGACUCAUCCAAUGCCUCAAUUUCACUGGAACACGCUUCCUCGUCGCCCGCGGCCUCGAUAUGUCCGCCGACACUGCCCGAUCCUCCCAUCUUUGCUUCCAUCCGACAAGUCCUAGCCUCAGACCCAUCUUAUGCAGAAGAUGUCAUUUCUGCUGUGAGCAAGCUACCACAUCACAGCCACAACCUCCUUAUGCAUUCCGAAACCGAAUGCGCCGGUGGCUCGCCGUCUGCUCCCCCGAAAUCAUCCGCAGGGUCAUCCAAGAAGCGGCGGAGGUCGGAUGAUAACUCGAAUGACAACGGAAGCCGUGGCGAUCAGCCGGCCGGUGAAACUGGCGGUGGAAAACGUGAAGGAGAGACUGGCGGAGGGGCCGGUGGAGGCAGUGGAACGGGACCGGGCAACAACGGGGGAGGUGAUGACCCCCCCCGUAAUAAGAAGCGGAACAAGGACAAGAAGCGCCGUUGGAUUUAUCCAUAUUGCCUUGCAUACCCCGAGAUUCGCGGAAUCUUUGUGCUAACUCUGAGCAGGACUCACCUUAAGAAGCAUCAUUCCCCAAAUGCAAAAAGUGAUGACCCGAAUGCAAAGGACAAUGCACGGUUCUACAUGGACUCCACACAGUUGACCAACGUUCUAGAAAGGAUUGACUCAUACAAGGAGCGCCCCCGAGAGUUGGCGACGUGGAUCUCUUAUUGGAAGGCUCUCUUUAUCGACGUCUGGUAUAUCAUCUUUCCCAAGGAGCGAUUCCCUCACUUUAAGGAGCCUCUCUCCCCUUUUUACUUCGAUAGCGGUGAGAUUGAGAAUCUCGGCCAACAUCUUUCGCGACAGGCGGGAGCGUUGGUGGAGCCGAUUUACGAUGCCAGAGCGGUCCGAGCCGUCAAGACCAAAGCUGUUGCAUCAAAACAAGAUUUCCGUCCUAGCGAACAAGAAACCAAGGAGAUGAUGUCAGAGGCUAUCGCCAUCGCCUUGCUCAACUCGCCAGUCGCUAUCGGGGCUACCCAAUGGCUCGCCCGUGCUUCUCCACAGACGCUGCAAACCGCCGUGGGACAGUACGGAGGCGUGCCGAGCGGGGCCAACGACAAAAGGCCCGCGACACCAUCUUCAGCAACAGUCCCCAGAACGCCCGAGUCCGCCCCCAUCGGCCAAAAUGCUGUACAAGCGGCCACUUCCGUCCUACCCACGGUCCCGUUGACUUUAUUCCCCAAUGGGACUCGAGUCACCAUGGACUUAUCCUCGAUCUACACAAAUCCACUGCACACCGCUUAUCAAGUGGGACAGCUCACUCUGCCGCCGACAGUCUACGUGGCAAGCAUGAGCCAAGUACCGUUGCAGCCCCCAUCUACGGCUCCGGUAAUGGCCAUCUCGGACACAACAGCAAACGUCACUUCGCCGGCUAUGGAGGCCACGUUGGGUACCGAUUGGCGAACAUCAAUACAGCUGCCUGCGGGGCAGGGUGCUUUUAUGCAACAAGUUCAAGAAACGCCGCUGGGUCAAGAGCAGACUUGUCAGCAAUCAAUAUUGAUUGAUGAGGCCAGUAUUGAUAUUGAUAUCGAAGAUUUGGCCAAUAUUGAUAUUGAUAUUGAUAAUUAUUGA